CAGCGCUGUCUCUUAAAUCAACCGCACGGUGACGUUCACAUGCACUUAUGAGUCAAGAUACAAUACGAGGAAAUCCCCAAGGCCGAGAAAACGACGAGAGGUCCCUUUAAAUCGACGCUUCCUCGGUGUUGUGCUAAGAGAGAGAGAGGGAGAGAGAGAGAGAGAUCUGAUAAACAACAACACUAUUCUCAGAAGCCGCUUUUACCGGAUUCAGCUCUUUACUGCGGCCUCGGUGAGGAAGAGGUGAGGCUACGAGGACUUUCGCUCUGCUCUGUCAAACAUUUUGUGGUCUGUUGUUCAUACAUUCAUUGUUACAUGCAGUUGCGGAAGUGAGAAGCUUUUCGACACGACGCAAAGCUUGGGUUGUGUGGACAUCUAGCGGUCAAUCAGGAGAAGGCGCAUUCUAAAGAUGUACGGAGCUUCAGGCAUCCCAGAGCUCAUCCCGCCCAGCGGACCCCCGAGGCAACCCGGCCCGGCAGGGCAGUACAACCCGGGACACCCACAGGUCAACGGCCACGGCGGAGGAUCCAACCCUCAGAGACUCGGACAGAGAGCGCCCAAGUUGGGCCAGAUAGGUCGAACCAAGAAGGUUGACUUGGACGAUGAAGACUUGGAUGACAUCAUGAACAACAACGGGCAGUGUCCUGUAUCCCUGUCGCCCAUCUCGUAAGCGUCACCAGGAAGUGCCAACAAAGAAAACACAAAAACACAAAAACAAAUCCCCUGGGAUGCCAAAACUCCCAGUUAGUGAUCUUGGCCUUGGACCUGUCAAGUGUCCUACUGAAGCUUCUGAGGGCUCAACAAGGCACAAAACAAACAAAAAGGUUCAUUUGGCGCCAGCUGAAGCCUCAACUCUGAUUGUAAAUAGUGUUUAUUCAACUUUGGUCAGACUGUGAAUGAAUUGUAUUGCAUCGCCCUCUUCUCUAUACCUCUAUAGGCAGUAGACUUUCAGGACUUGAGAAAGAUCUCUAGAAAGAGUUUAUUUUUUUCAGAGCUUCUUAACAAGGGCUACAUUUCUAAAGUUGCACUGAGCAAAUCGUCAGACGAAAAGCAGCUUUCUCGCCCGUCUGUUUUCCGCCGACGGUUUCUGACUGUCUGUUUGUUGGCUGUGUGAGGGAACACAAGCUUGCUAAUGUGUACUACACAGGUGAAAUGUUAAGCUUUGGUUGUGCAAUGACUAUCUUUCUCUACUCUCACACUGAGGCAAGUGAUGUUACUAUUAUCCAGUGGAUGAAAGCUUGCUAUUUACAGUGGAAAAAAAAAAUCAGCUAAUUAUUUAUUGUUUGAAAAAUGAAGAAGAAACACUUUGUUGUGUUGUUAUGGCUUCUAUGUGUGUUUUUUUUUUUUAUUUACUUGUUUCUGAAUGCUACAAUCAUCAAAGAACUGAUUUAACAGAUUUAUUAUUUUUCCAAAUGGUGCACUUUGUGGGAAUGCCUGUCAUGUGCAGUGACAUGUUGCAGAAUUCUAUGCAUGGACUCUGUUAAAGCAUCAAAACACGUAACUGCUAUCCUUGUUAUUAAGGGCUAUGUAGUAGUAUUUCACACCACACCAUCGUUAUGCUCUGUAGGUCAUGCUGAGUCAGCGUUUUCCUAAGCCCAUUGUUGGCGUGAGCUGCGGACUCAGCAGUAAAAUAUUGCAAACAACCACAGAAUUUUCAUGUGUUUGUUUUCAAAGGCGGGGUUUCCCAGUUGGCCACACAACUGUGAUAAAAGACAUGUACAGCUCUAAAUGUUUUGAAUAAAUUGCCAAAUGAUGCUACGUCAGAUCGACAAGCAAAAUGGAUUCUGAUUGGCGUGCAGAAAUGUCGUAAUGAACACUUACUUUGUACAAAUGUUAAGUUAUACAGCCGAUAUCUGCUUUUUAAGCUACUUCUGGGUGGCUUCAUAGUGUCUUUCAGGUGAACUAUUUAAGGAUAAUGUCAGCCUUUACUUUAUAAUUGUGGUAUGAGAUCAUGAAAACAAGCAGCUUAUGAUGAGCUCUCACUGCUAAGACAAUCUUAACACUGAUGCUUUUUGGGGGGUUUUAUAGAUCACCGACCUUGAAAUGACAUGUUGUUGUCUGUAAAGGCUCAUGUUGAUGUCAUGGUACUUAGUUGGCUGUGAAAUUGUUACUAGUUAACUUUAACUGUUUUUUUUUUUUUGCAUCAUGGAGGCAUUUCACAUCUCAUUCUCUGACUCAAAGAUUGUUGUUUGGGUUGUGGUUUAUCAUUUGCAUGGAAACAGUUGACUUUUCGUAAAUAAAAGAUGAAUCUUUGUGGAA